CCGCUUCCGCCGCCGCCCCCUCCCGACCGCCAAGGGCCGCCGGCUCAUGCCCUCUCCGCGCCCGGCGCUGCUUAGAGCCGCCCGCGCCGCUCUGCUGCUGCUGCUGCCGCCGCCCCGGCUCCCGGCCCGGCCUCCGAUCCCGCCUCGCCGGCUCCUCUGCGCGCCCUUCAGUGUCCCGACCUCUUUGCCCGCCGCCGCCUCCGGGAGCAGCAUGGACGGCGCCGGGGCUGAGGAGGUGCUGGCACCUCUCAGGCUAGCCGUGCGCCAGCAGGGAGAUCUUGUUCGAAAACUCAAAGAGGACAAAGCACCCCAGGUAGAUGUAGACAGAGCGGUAGCCGAGCUCAAAGCCCGGAAGAGGGUUCUGGAGGCAAAGGAGCUAGCUUUACAGCCCAAAGAUGACAUUGUAGACCGAGCAAAAAUGGAAGAUACCCUGAAGAGGAGAUUUUUCUAUGAUCAAGCUUUUGCUAUUUAUGGAGGUGUUAGUGGUCUGUAUGAUUUUGGGCCAGUCGGAUGUGCUUUGAAGAACAAUAUUAUUCAAACCUGGAGGCAGCACUUUAUCCACGAGGAACAGAUUCUAGAGAUUGAUUGUACCAUGCUCACCCCUGAACCAGUUUUAAAGACUUCUGGCCAUGUAGACAAAUUUGCUGACUUUAUGGUGAAAGAUGUUAAGAAUGGAGAAUGUUUUCGUGCAGACCAUCUAUUGAAAGCUCAUUUACAGAAAUUGAUGUCUGAUAAGAAGUGUUCAGCUGAGACGAAAUCAGAGAUGGAAAGUGUCUUGACCCAGCUUGAUAACUAUGGACAACAGGAACUUACGGAUCUUUUUGUGAACUAUAGUGUAAAAUCCCCUAUUACUGGAAAUGAUCUGUCACCGCCAGUAUCUUUUAACUUAAUGUUCAAGACUUUCAUUGGACCUGGAGGAAACAUGCCUGGGUAUUUGAGGCCAGAAACAGCACAGGGGAUUUUCCUGAAUUUCAAACGACUGUUGGAAUUUAACCAAGGAAAGUUGCCUUUUGCUGCUGCGCAGAUUGGAAAUUCUUUCAGAAAUGAGAUCUCCCCUCGAUCUGGACUGAUCAGAGUCAGAGAAUUCACAAUGGCAGAAAUUGAGCACUUUGUAGAUCCCAGUGAGAAAGACCACCCCAAGUUUCAGAGUGUGGCAGACCUUCACCUUUAUUUGUAUUCAGCAAAAGCCCAAGUCAGUGGACAAUCUGCUCGGAAAAUGCGCCUAGGAGAUGCUGUUGAACAGGGUGUGAUUAACAACUCAGUAUUAGGCUAUUUCAUUGGCCGCAUCUACCUCUACCUCACGAAGGUUGGAGUAUCUCCAGAAAAACUCCGCUUCCGACAGCACAUGGAGAAUGAGAUGGCCCAUUAUGCCUGUGACUGUUGGGACGCUGAAUCUAAGACAUCCUAUGGCUGGAUUGAAAUUGUUGGAUGUGCUGAUCGUUCCUGUUAUGACCUCUCUUGUCAUGCACGAGCCACCAAAGUUCCACUUGUAGCUGAGAAACCUCUGAAAGAACCUAAAACAGUCAAUGUUGUUCAGUUUGAACCCAAUAAGGGAGGAAUUGGUAAGGCAUAUAAGAAGGAUGCAAAGCUGGUGAUGGAAUACCUUGCUAUUUGUGAUGAGUGUUAUAUUACAGAAAUGGAGAAACUACUGAAUGAAAAAGGGGAAUUCACUAUUGAAACUGAAGGGAAAACAUUUCAGUUAACAAAAAACAUGGUCAGUGUGAAGCGAUUCCAGAAAACACUAUAUGUGGAAGAAGUUGUUCCAAAUGUAAUUGAGCCCUCCUUUGGCCUGGGCAGGAUCAUGUAUACAGUAUUUGAACAUACAUUCCAUGUACGCGAGGGAGAUGAACAGAGAACUUUCUUCAGUUUCCCGGCAGUAGUAGCUCCAUUCAAAUGCUCUGUCCUUCCACUGAGCCAAAAUCAGGAGUUCGUGCCAUUUGUCAAGGAAUUAUCGGAAGCCCUAACCAGGAAUGGAGUCUCUUUCAAAGUAGACGAUUCCUCCGGAUCUAUUGGAAGACGCUACGCCCGGACUGAUGAGAUCGGUGUGGCUUUUGGGAUCACCGUUGACUUCGAUACCGUAAACAAGACCCCUCACACUGCAACUCUGCGGGACCGAGACUCCAUGAGACAGAUCAGAGCAGAGGUCUCUGAACUGCCCAGCCUAGUCCGAGAUCUAGCCAACGGCAGCAUCACAUGGGCUGAUGUGGAAGCCAGAUAUCCUCUCUUUGAAGGACAAGAGACUGGUAAAAAGGAGACAGUUGAGGAAUGAAGACAGUUUUGGUGACUUUUGACCACUUGGCUAAUAAAUAGCUCUUACCGUAUCCAUUUUAGGAACAAACGACAUUGUGAUUGCUCCCAGGGACUUCCUUUUAUCCUCAGUGGCUGCCUGAUCUCACUCCCGCAAUUAAAGUCGAAGGAAUUCUGAACACUUUUGUAAUCCAUUUGCUUAUGAUGCUUAUGUUUCCUGUUUUCAGCAAAAUUGUUUCUUCUACCUUUUGGAAAAUAUGCUAUGGCUUAACAUUACACACAAUACAUGAAUCAACAGCUUUAUUGGGGUACAUUUUACAUGUCAUUAUAUUCAUCCAUUUUCAGUGUCCUUACGAUGCAGUGAUGUUUAGUAUUUUUACAGAAUUGUCCAGCUACCCCCACAAUCCAGUUUUAGAAUAUUUCCAGCACACCAAAGAGAAAUUUCAUUUGCAUUAGCAUCAUUCCCCAGCCCAACCCCAGCCUCAAGCAAUCUCUUAGCUACUUUCUGUCUCUCUAGAUUUGUCUUUACUGUUCUUUUUCUGAGAAAGCAGUGAAUUAUGCUGAAGAGACAGCAGUUUCUAGGCAAGUGGAAAGGCAUCCGGGGAAAGGUGAAUGGGGGCGGGGUGGCAGGAGCAGUGGAGGAGGAGACCAGUUGUGCUGGUGUGGAGGUUACAGGCAGCUCGCCCUGAUGUUCUACUGACGAGCGUCUGUCUGCAGAGUUUCUAGGAGGGGCUACAGUGGUAGAGCCCUCUAUUUUAGGGUGUGUUGGUACUUGACUUCCUAAGUAGUCCUGAAAUCAUUGAUUCCUGAUGCUAGAGGCUAGGCCCAUCUCUGACUUGGCAGUAUUCAACCAUCACAGUGUCUUGAUCCUAGCCUACUGGUUUUGGACUCAGCUUCUGAAGGAUGUUAUUUUUAUUAUACCUUUAUGUGUAGCACUCAAUGCAUGUGUUUAUGUCUUAGGAAAAAGCAAAGAUGGGGAGUUUGAUCUUUUUUUUUUUUUGCAGUAAAGACCUUGUCUCGUGUUCCAACUUCCUCAAAUAGUAUAGGAAGGGGUGAUCACCAGAAUGUUUUCCCUUGUCUUGGGUUUGAAGAGCAGCUGAUAGUCACUUCCUCCCACAUUAUCUCAUUUGAUCUCUUUCCACAGUAACUGUGCAGAGUAGGUACGCAAUUAAUAGUCUUUGGAUAAGUCCUGAAUUUUUGAAUAAGCCUUUUGGGAAAGAAAGUCUUCUACUAAAGCUUAUUUCUCUUCUGCCUGAUACUUUAUGAAGCAUUCAAUAUUAAGUUAUAAAGGACUAUACUGUAAAUAAAUUGACCUUUCAAUUUC